GCAGGAUAGCGCCCUGGCCAGUGGAGGUGGUGGGUGGUGGGAAGGGGAGGUUCCGGAGUUGCUCCCAGGGCCCACCCUCAGCCACCAGAGCCACAGUCCAUCAGUCCAUUCUAAUUCCCCCCACCCCCUUCCCAAAGCCAGCGCUGCAGCGCACACGCCACUAGGAGCCACGCUUCCUGAAAAGGAGCUGCCUUAGCUCCCUCCCCCAGUCUCUUCCCCCCCCCUUCUUUUUUGUUCUCCCCCUGUACCCUCCUUCUCUCCCAACACAUCGCUAUAAACCGAGAGGACCGAGAGUCUCCAGAACAGAGCUCAGCUAGCCCAAGUCUACAGCUGCGAGGGGGCGCGCCAGCCUCGACACCUAGCCAUCUGCCUGCGGACCCAGGAAUCCUGGAGCCUGCAGAGCUCUGGAGCACCCAGUCCAGCCCAGGAGCCCCUAGAGCACCAUUUCCUCGGGGACAAGACUGGCCCGCAAGUUCAGGCAAGUGCGUCGGAUCUUUGCUGACUGCCUGAUCCUCUCGUCAGUCAUUCUCUCUUCCUAAGAAACAAGAUGUCUGAAUUGUAGCUCUUCUCAGACUUGGGGAAAAACAAAAGGAAUGAAACCAUGGAUCCACUAUACUCGCUGCCAGGUGAUGGGCUGGAUAGCCAUCUUCGGGGAGCAAAUUUUUCCUGUGCUUUCAAUAGCAGUGAAAAUACAACAGUGGUCAUACCACCAGGUCCUGUGUCUGCUGUUCGCACAGUAAUUAUCCCCAUCAUCUACCUCCUUGUGUGCAUGGUUGGGCUCAGUGGUAACGCACUUGUCAUUUAUGUGGUCUUGCGGUAUGCUAAGAUGAAGACCGUCACCAACAUCUAUAUCCUCAACUUGGCUGUAGCUGAUGUCCUCUUCAUGCUGGGCCUGCCCUUCAUUGCCACCCAAAAUGCCAUCUCCUAUUGGCCCUUUGGCACCUUCCUAUGCAGGCUUGUGAUGACUGUGGAUGGCAUUAACCAAUUCACCAGUAUUUUCUGUCUCACUGUCAUGAGCAUGGAUCGAUACCUGGCUGUCGUCCAUCCCAUCAAGUCCACCAAGUGGCGCCGCCCAAGGAUAGCUAGGCUUAUCAGUGCUGCUGUCUGGACCUUCUCAUUACUCAUGUCCCUUCCAGUCAUCAUAUUUGCCGAUGUCCAGGAAGAUUGGAAUACCUGCAACAUCAGCUGGCCUGAGCCGGUAAAUAUCUGGGGAGCAGUCUUCAUCAUCUACACCUCUGUCCUGGGGUUCUUUGGGCCCCUGUUGGUGAUCUGCCUCUGCUAUUUACUUAUUGUGAUCAAGGUCAAAUCGUCAGGGGUCCGGGUGGGCUCCACCCGGAGGAGGAGAUCAGAGCGAAAAGUGACCAGGAUGGUGGUCAUCAUUGUUGUCGUCUUUGUGUUUUGCUGGCUGCCAUUUUUCACCCUGAACAUUGUCAAUCUGGUUUUCAUCCUGCCUGAAGAGGCUGCCUCUGCAGGUAUAUACUUCUUUGUGGUGAUCCUCUCCUAUGCCAACAGCUGUGCCAACCCCAUCCUGUAUGGGUUCCUGUCUGACAACUUCAAGCAGAGCUUUCAGAAGGUCCUGUGCCUCCGAAAGGGCUAUGGUGUUGAAGAUGGUGACCCCACCGACCAUAAGCUGGAGAAGAGCAGCCGCCUGCAGGAGGCCAUGCUGUCCUCCAGAAAUACAGAAUUCAAUGGGCACAUGCAAACAAGCAAGGUGUAAAGGAACUCCUCCAGGAAGUGUAAAUAUGGUGGCUUGCUGGGAUGAAGAUUUUGAGAGAUCUGGAUAGGAGUUAAAAUUGGGGAAUUCUCAAUCUACAUACUUCAUUUACUACCAAGUCUAAGAACUAAGCUAAUGGGAUUAUGGGGUCCUCAUUGGAAGUGGAGGGUGGGGAAGAGACAAAACUCUUGUGAAAGCUAUUUAUUGUACAUUGCCAACCUUGUCACCGUGGUGUAUUCUAAAAUUCAUCUGAUGCUUAAAAGUUGCUCCCUCUGAAGUUUAUGUUUUCUAAAGUAUAGAUCUGGCAUGACAGCUACUAAUAGCAACCACUUCAUUGUUUUGGAAGACUUGUGAGGGGGGAUGGGGAAAAGUGAAGACUUCUCCUCAACCUUCCUUUCACAUCCAUCAUAUUCUGUGACUCUAUGACUUUUGUCAAGUCUCUGGGCCUUUGUUUCUUCCUCUGCAAAAUGAGGGGGUGGGAGUGGACUGGAUGAUCUUUAGGGCUGCUUCUACCUUUAAAUUUGAUACUGCUUUCCCAAGGAAUAGUGAUGGGAAGGGAGUUUAGUAGACAGCUCCCUCUCUACCCAAUAUCAGAUAAACCUGUGUUCAGAGCACUAGUUGGGAUGGGGGUAGACAUGGGUACAUUCAGACUUUAGCUAAGAAAUCCCUAUUCUCAUUGGGUCAUGGGUUUUGCCCACUCCAUUCUCCUCAAAAAGGGAAGGAAUCUUAGACCCACUGUUAUGGUUAAUGUGGUCAGUAGCUUUUUGUACCUUCAUGAAGAAAGGAGCCAAGCCAAGCAUUGGGUAGUCUCCCAAAGAAUCAAAUUUGGGCAUAUCUUUCCUUGAUUCUAUUUUUGGCUCCUCCCUUUUAUCCUUUGGAGAAACUAGGGAGGUGGAAAUUUAGAGACCAAGUGUGACUUGUUUCAAAAAUAACAUUUGAUGGGGAGCAGAAAUAAACAAAUCUAUGACCUUUUAAACAAUGUUCUUAAUGAAGCUGAUGGUGCUUUAGGAUGUUUGCUGAUAACUCCCAAUGGCAUAAAAUAUUGAUUAUUAUCCAGUUAACAAGCCGCUGUCACAUAGGCCCUGUGUCUGCUUCAGUUCUGUGUGUCUACAGUAGGGAUUGGAAUUAAAAAAUGAUUUAGUGAAAUGAAAGAAAAUUUGAAUUUCCCCUCACUGAGCCAGAGGAGUCCCUGUCUUUCCUUGUCAUUGACACAGCCAAAGGGAGACAAGAUGUCUAUCAUUUCAUCCUGGAUGCACUUUAAUCCUGUUUGACUGUCAGAAGCUAAGGCAGUACCUUGGGGUGGGGUGGGGAGCAGAGGGGCAUCUUCUGCAGCUGUGAAGAGGGAGGGCUACAGUGGGAUUCAAGAGCGGACCAUGCAGAACUCUCUACUCCCUAUUGCCUCUGGCUUGCUGGAUAAUUUUGAGUCACUGUUAGCAAAUACAGCUUCAGUGGAACCGCAGCCCCUGGACCAGAAGCAAAGGUGUGUGCGAGCCUCUUCCUGAGCUGGCAAUCAGUACCCAGGUCAUGUCUCCCAGCUCAGCCUAGAGAUCUUUCUCCCACUACACAAUCAAUAAAUGUUUG